AUGUUAGCUCGCAGCUUUGCGUUGCUCGCCUUGCUGGCCCUGAUUCAUCUUGCGACAUGUGCCGAGGAUUACUACAAGGCGUGUUCUUGGUCUUGGGGCGACGAAACCGCUCCCAAGAAAUUCGCGGAAGUAUCCGAUGCAUACGAAGUUUUGAUCAACCCCGAAACUCGCCAGAUUUACGAUCGCCACGGCCACGAAGGCAUCGAGCAACACAAGAACAGCGGCGGUGGCGGAGGUAGCCACGAUCCCUUCGACCUGUUCAGCCGAUUUUUCGGCGGACAUGGCCAUUUCGGUAGUUCAUCCCGAGAAGCCCGCGGCCAAGAUGUCGAAUUCAAGGUUAGCAUAUCUCUGCGCGACUUCUACAACGGUGCCACGACCGAGUUCCAGUGGAACAGACAACACAUAUGCGAGACCUGCGAGGGAACGGGAAGCGCAGACGGACAAGUCGACACAUGCUCGGUUUGCGGGGGACACGGUGUCCGCAUUGUCAGGCAACAGCUCGCCCCAGGCAUGUUCCAGCAGAUGCAGAUGAGAUGCGAUGCCUGUGAAGGUCGUGGCAAGAGCAUCAAACACAAGUGUCCCGUCUGUCAUGGCCAGCGAGUCGAAAGAAAGCCAACGACCGUCACUCUCAAGAUUGAACGGGGUGCCGCCCGUGAAUCCAAGAUUGUGUACGAAAACGAAGCCGAUGAGAGCCCCGAUUGGGUUGCCGGCGACCUCGUCGUCAGUCUUGCGGAAAAGGAACCAGCACCGGAGGAUAACCCGGACAAUGUCGACGGUGCCUACUUUCGUCGCAAGGGUGACGAUUUGUACUGGACCGAGGUCCUGUCCCUUCGCGAGGCGUGGAUGGGCGACUGGACUCGCAACAUUACUCACCUCGACUCUCAUGUUGUCCGUCUCGGCCGGAGCCGCGGCCAGGUCGUACAGAGCGGUCACGUUGAGACCGUUCCCGGCGAAGGCAUGCCCAAAUGGCAUGACGAAGGCGACAGCGAGUCGCACAAAUAUGAAUUCGGGAAUCUCUACGUGACGUACGAGGUUAUUCUCCCCGACCAAAUGGAUAAGAAGAUGGAACAUGAAUUUUGGGCCUUGUGGGAAAAGUGGAGGGCAAAGAACGGCGUUGAUUUGCACAAGGACAGCGGGCGACCGGAGCCGGCAAUAGUACGAGAUGAGUUAUGA